AUGAGGCCGUCGUGCAUGACGGCCGCCUACCACUCGCGGGCACACCAUUGUCGACUCUUUCGAAAUCUUCAGGGUCCCAUGAGUGUCACUGAAGACGAUGGCAACUGCAUCUAUGUUCUGAAGAAGGCUAUAGACGUUUCAACUAAAGAGUACAACCACUCCAGCUACAACCACGAGUACAACCAUUCCAACUUUCACCACGAGUACAACCACUCCAGCUACAACCACGAGUACAACCACUUCAACUUUCAACACGAGUACAACCACUCCAGCUACAACCACGAGUACAUCCACUUCAACUUUCACCACGAGUACAACCACUCCAGCUACAACCACGAGUACAACCACUUCAACUUUCACCACUAG